AUGUGUUACCUGUCUUUACAUUUUCAAAUCCUAAAUCAAGGAAUAUCUAUCUAUCUAUCUAUCUAUCUAUCUAUCUAUCUAUCUAUCUAUCUAUCUAUCUAUCUAUCUAUCUAUCUAUCUAUCUAUCUAUCUAUCUAUCUAUAUAUAUAUAUAUAUAUAUAUAUAUAUAUAUAUAACAAAUACUUUUCUUUCUUUCUAUGCACUUUUUCGCUUCUCUUUUGCUUCUAUUAUUUUCGUUUCUUCUAUUUUUCUUCUAGUUUCUUUCCAUCGAAUUUUCCUUGUUUCUAUUUUUCUACUAGUUUCUUUUUUAUCACUCUUCACUUUUCUUAUUUUCUACUCGUUUCAAUCCUUGCACUUUUCCUUUGUUCUCUGUUGCUAUUGUUUUCUUUCCUUUUCCUUUAUUUUUAUUCCUUCUAUCUUUUACCUUCUAGUUACCCCCUUUCCCUUUUGUUUCCUUCUAUUUUCUUUCUUUUUUGGUCUUCCCUUCUCUCUUUUUUCGCUAGCCUCUUUACUUUUACUUUUUACUCCUCUCUUUUUCUACUAGUUCUUUACUUUUCUGUUUUCCUUUUUCGCUUCUUUCCUCAUAUUUUUUUCAUUCACUACCAGUUUCUUUCUUUCUACUUUUCCCUUUUCUCUUUUUCUACCAGUUUCUUUCAUUCUACUUUUCUCUUUUUCUAUUACUUUUCCUUUCUUCUAUUUUUCCUUUCUUCCUUUUCCUCUAGUUUUAGUUUCUUUCCUUCUACUUUUCCCUUUACUCUUUUUUCACUACUUCUUCCCUUCAACCUUUUGCUCUUUCUCUUUUUCUCCUCGUUUUUUUUUUCAUUCUACUUUUCGCUUUCCUGUUUUGUUACUGAUUUUUUCUUCCUUCCUCUUAUUUCAUAUUUUACUGCUUACUUUUCAUCCCAUUUUAUCUUUUAUUUUUUUCUCUUUUCACACUUCAUACCCUUCUCGCAGUUUCGUUACUCCUUUCUAAAUUUACAUUUCUCUUUACGAAGAACAUUUUUAAUUCAUUCAUUUCUCGUUCUUUCCAUAAAUCUUACAUGUAAGCACAUCUAUCUAUCUAUCUAUCUAUCUAUCUAUCUAUCUAUCUAUCUAUCUAUCUAUGCUACCUCAUACUGCGUUCUGUGCGCUUGUAUUCACAUACGCACACAUAUCUAUCUAUCUAUUUAUCUAUCUAUCUAUAUGGGUUUCUCUAUUCACGUGAAGGCUCGUUUAUGCGGUCUUUUGUGA